CACUAUCACACUCAGAAAGAAAAAAAAAAUGGCUUCAACACUAUCAACAUCCACACUUGUUCUUCUUCUUCUUCCCCAUUCUAACGUAAACACCAUAACCAGAAUCUGCUUUCUCUCUCCAAAAAAUUGCAGCAAACAAUCUCUCUCCUCGCACGUGCCCACAUCAUUCAACGGGAAUGCCGAACGACGUCGUUUCAGCCACCUCUCACCAAAAGCUGCUUCAUCUUCUUCUCCAGUUGUAAAUUCGGACUUCGCCGAAGAACCUGCGACAAAGGUGAAAUUUCAAACAUCACUGAGCCUUCCAGGCUGUUCUUCCACGUUAUCAUUACUCGGAACUGGAUACAGAGAAAAAGUAUUUGCAAUAAUCGGGGUUAAAGUCUACGCUGCGGGACUUUACGCAAAUCAAUCCGUCUUCACAAAGUUAGAUGCAUGGAGUGGACUUUCAUCUGCAGAGUUGCAAAAAGAUUCAUCGUUAUUCGACGCAAUUUUUCAGGCUCCUGUGGAGAAAUCACUAAAUAUUGUUCUAGUAAGAGAUAUAGACGGUAAAACAUUUUGGGAUGCAUUGGAUGAAGCCGUUUCUCCGAGGAUUUCGUCACCGACUCAAGUUGAUGAAUCGGCACUUUCGACUUUUCGUAGCGUCUUUCAAGGGAGGCCCCUUAAGAAAGGAACUUCCAUAUUUUUGACGUGGCUGGACACGACUAAUGUGCUUGUUUGUAUAUCGCCCGACGGUGUUCCUUCUUCAGUCGAUGCUACAAUAGAAUCAUCAAACGUCGCGUCUGCUCUCUUCGACGUGUUUCUUGGAGGUAAUCCCGUUUCCCCUUCGUUGAAAUCUUCAGCUUCUAAUGGAUUGGCUGCAGCACUAAAAUAAUUAAAAAAAAAAAGGCAUAUAUAUGAUGGAUUUUUCGGUUAUUCGUUGAGUUAAUAUGCAUAUUUCGUAUGUUGAGAUGACUGCGCAUCGAUCAUAAAGUGCACAUUUUUUUCUUCCUAUUUGUUAAGAACUUGAAGUACAAUUUGUUCGAUU